UAGGACACAUUCCGACGGCCACUGAACGCAGCGCAGCCUCUGCAGAUGGCGGGAGUUUUAAUUACGUUUCACACAGCUAGCUAUCAAUAAUCACAUCUGAAAGAACUGUGAGAUAACCAAAGAGCAAUGAAUCAUAUACGAAAUAUAAAGGAAAUGCUAAAUAUCCCAACUGGAAGCAGAAAUGCAUCUACCAGUGGUUUCUCCAGUUUGUCAGACUCUCAGAUCUUCUUUGAGUCUCAGUUUUGGCAUGAAAAUUCUCAGAGCGCAUCUCAGGAUAUGAGUUUGUCCUCCAGAACUUCCCAGCAAAGUUCACAAGAGGGGAGUGACCCAAAGUUUUCAAGCAGUUAUCACACUAAGCCUCUUCUCCUUGGAGACUUGAAGGAUAAAACCAGAACUUCAGGAAUACUGGAUAAAUUUGAAGAAGACAAGAAAAAGGCAAAAGAAAAAAAGGACAGUGAUCACUUAGCCAAAGAAUGCCAGCAUAUCAGAGAAACACUUAGCAAUAUUCAACAGCUGGUUGCUGGCACUGAGAGAAACGCAGCAGUGUGCCAAAUAGUUUCUGAAAAAAUUGACAGUUUCACAUCAACAUUGCAAAAUAAUUUGGACAAUCAUCAGGGCCACAUCUCCCAGCAGUUUAAGACUUUGGUAAAUAAUAUGGACUCCCAACAGGAUGUGAUGACACAACUUAAGGAAACAGUGCAAAAGAAUGGAGACACUGUAGCAGAGCUUGACUCACAUCUGCAAAACUUAAUAAGUAGUCUGGAGGGUCUGAAAGAGGAACAGGGAAGACAAGGACACAUGCUCGAAGAGGCCCUGAAGCUGCUCAGCGCCUUACUCUCAGAGCACUUGUCCAAACCCCGCUCUGAGGGAGUGAUGGAUAACACCAUGCAGACGUCACCAGCACCAGAGGAGUCAGUGUCCAGCAUCCUGCACAACAGCAAGCUUGAAGGCACACAGGUUACAUGUGCGUCAUACAACGCUGAACAACACCAGGUUGAAGUUCCCCGUCGUAAUCGCAGCCACCUAGCUGGAAAGCAGAAAUUUACUCAGAGACAAAGAAGGCCCAAAAAGAGACCCCUGGUUUUGUCACAGAGGAGUAAGGGUGCAGUCUCGGAUGAAAACCGUCAACCUCUCGUGAACAAACAGCAGAAACCUGAGAGCUGUGACAUGAGCACAGUGAGCAGCAAGGACAGUGUCAGUCCAGGCAGUCUGGUGCCACUUAACAAGGAGAGGAGAUCCAGUGAAACUGAAGGUUGUUUCAUCACGCCUCUGAGCUUCUGGUCUCAGGACAGCAGCAGCUCUCUGUGCCUCACAGAAAUAGACCCCAUCUUAGAGAAGCUGUCAGCAGAGCAGGGCUCCACUGUACAACCAGGAAGCUUGUGGCAGCUGUUUGAUUCUGAAUUAGACUUUUAAAGAAUAAUUAAAGGUGCCAAAA